CACAAAAUUGAUCGGUUGCAACACCAUAUCUAAUUGUUUACGAAAAUUGCGCCCAACCAGCAAAUUAAGUGAAGUAGUAUUUUGCAAGAAAUCAUACUGUGCAAUUUAUUUAAUUAUUGUCGUCUAUAUGAAUUAAUACAGUUGGAGUACAAACAAUAACUUAUGGACGAAAAAAAAUUUAUCAAACGGAAGGAGAAGGCGCGAAGUGAAGGUAAUACUCAACAACUGGCCGUUUGCUGCAACAAUUUGGGAGAUUUCUACAAUCAGCAGGGAAAAUACCAAAAUGCCAUGCGCGAAUAUUUACAGGAGGCAGAACUUUACGCCAAACUGGGAAAAAAAUUGGAAAUGGCGAAAGCGCAUAGAAUGACUGGAGAAAUGUAUAUGUUGCUUAGUGAAUUUGGCGAAGCCAAAGAGCACAUACACCUUUACCUCGAUGUUGUUAAAAGACUACGUAAUAAGGUGGAAGAGCAACGUGCUUACGCUACAUUGGGACGGGCACACUUAUUGCAUGGGCAAAGCACCACAGAAAGUGCUUCGAUCACUAUGGAUCAGUUAAGGCAAGCUGAACGUGCUUUUCUAAAGAGUUUGCUGCUAAUAAAGGAACUUUCAGGGCAAAUUUCAAAACAGGAACAAUUGGAUAUGCAGGCCCGUUGCUAUCUUAAUAUUGGUGUUGUGAAAGAACAUUUGGAAGAAUUCCAAGAGUCAAUUACAUAUAUUGAAAAAGCUAUAAAAAUUAGUAAAUCGCAUGACCUAUUUGAAUUAACCCACUUAUGUUAUAUUUCGAUGAGUUUGCUAUAUUUUUAUAAAAUGCAUGACUCGACAAUAGCAUUACGGUACUGCAAUUUGGCGUUGGAGGUAGCGAAGCGUUUGCCGAAUAGGGUCAAGAAAAUUUGCGAAACACUUAUUACAAAGUCGGAGAUUUUAAUUAAAGAUGGCGAUUUUGCCAGUGCUAAACAAAUAUUAACUAAAGCUUAUAAGAAGAACACACCUGAUGAAAAUGACCGAAAUGCGAUUGAGAAAUCAUUACGGGUUGUCGUAAAGAUUUGUCAAAUUUUAGACGAAUUGGUCACAACCAGCUCUUUAGACUAUUCGAAACGGAAAAGUUUGUAUGAGAAACUAGGUGAUGGUUGCUGUCAACUACAAAAUUAUUCUAAAGCUAUUGAGUACUAUCAGCAAAUGUUAAGUUGCGCUGAGAAAAAUUUGGAUCCCCCGAAAAAUUUAAUUCCAAUCUAUGUGAGUCUCUAUCAGACUUAUAAAGAUAAUAAAGAAUAUGAUCAGGCGCUGGUGUAUCUGUGGAAGGAAUAUGAGCUUAAUAAGGAUAUUCCGUCUGAGGCAUUCUCAACGCUUUGUGCAAUAGCCGAAGUGUGUGAGCAUCAACGACAAUCGUUUUGGACAAUACAAGAUAUUUAUCAAAAGGCGAAGCAGCAAGUAGCAAAAAACACUAAUGAACGCGAGCGAGCACAACAAGAACGUGUCGUGUUUGUGCGUUUGAAGCGUCUUAUGUUAAAACACAAGAUGCAAAUGCUUGUAGAUGAGUUGUUGGAAGAAGCAAAAGAGAAAGGCAUACAUAUAGAAAACGACGACGAUGGAAAUAGCGACACUGAGUCAGAUGACAACGCGGCGACAGUCAUUGAAGAAAAUACGCCAGAGCUUGGCGAUGAUGUGUGUCUUGAUGAUUUAACCGAUUCAGAUAUGAGUGACUUAGAUGAGACAGAAAAACCACGGCCUCAUCGGGCAACACGAGGAGUUCGUGCCCUCACAAUAAAGCGUAAUAAUAAAGGCGAAACGCAGUUGCAUCAGGCGUGUAUAGCGGGAAAUAUAGAGUUGGUGCGCCGACUUCUUGACCAAGGUCAUGUGGUUAACGUCCGCGAUCAUGCUGGGUGGAUUCCUUUGCACGAGGCCAGCAAUCAUGGCUUUCGCGAUAUAGUAGAGCUACUGUUAGACCGUGGAGCUGCUGUUGCUAUUAAUGAUAAGGGUGGUAUAAGUUGUGAUGGAAUAACCCCACUUUAUGAUGCCUGUUCGAAUGGAUUUCUCGAUGUAGUAGAACUGCUCUUAGAUCGUGGUGCAGAUACGGCUAUCAAAACCGAUUUUGGUGAAACUUGUCUGAAUGGUUUGGAUAAAUGGCGACGUUCAGCUAUGCUAACCGAUGGUGAGCAAGCCCAUUAUGAAGAGAUUAGAUCUAGGCUUGUGGCAACACUUUCGAAGACAGGAAUUUGUAAGAAAUCGGCAGCACCUUUAACAAAUGCUCAAGUAGAAUCUGCAACAGAUGCUGAAUCGGAUAGCGGUGACACAACUUUGGUGGAGGAAGAACUGUAUAGUAGUUCUAGAAAACGUACUAGUCUAAAUCGUUCUGAAAUUAAAAAAGUUGGAAAGGAAUCGAAUAAAAAGUCUCCACGUGACAAAUCCGCUGGCAUGGAGUACAAAACAGUAAUGGCGCAGUUGAAACAUCCGAAUCGUGCAAACACAUUUGAAGAGGAUACCUUUGACGACUUAAGUUGCGUGCCGGGUUCGUCAAUUUCGAUAAAAACUCGACGCAGUGCAUUAUUGAAUGAGGACGAAAUAGAUGAUAAUGAAUGGUUAAUUGAUGAUUUGGGUCCAGAACGCAAAAAACGACGUUUCCACACACCAAUCAAAGAAAUAGCUUCCACCUCUAAAGAAAAUCUAAAUACAGAAUCCAUGAGUUCAACAUGGUGUGCAGAUGAUGCUCUUGCACCUGAUGACGCAUUUCAAGUACUGCUGGAAGCGGCAACCGCUCCGACGAAACAGCAGCGCAAAAAGCAAACGAGCAAAUUACGUUUAUCCGGUUCGUCCAAUGUUAGCAAUUGCUCAAAUUUGUCAAUUGGCAGAGGUAAGACCAAGCAUCAAUCGUCAUUACUGGAAAAUGGCUUUUGCCGCUUUCGCAGCGAGAGUCCCAGAUCAGGUGAUGAUUUCUUUGAUUUACCGUCAACAACAAAUGAACCUGAUUCAACAACCGCAUCCAUACACCUCCUGAUAUCGCCCUCAAAAUCGUCGCCGAUUAAAGUACAAGCCGCCCCGGUCAUGCCAACAACGAUUUCAUUUAAGAUUAAAGUUGAAAAUGAGUUAUUAUUGGUGCCCGUUGAGCGAAAAAAAUUGAAUGAUGUUAACAUACGUUGGCUGGCGGAAGAGGCUGCAAGACGCUAUUACAAUUUAGUAGGAUUGAAGCCAAUUUUGCGUUUAAAAACCGCCGAUGGUUUUGCUUACGAAGAGAAUGAUUCAUUGAAUGUGGCGUUGGAGCAAAACAUGAUUUUGGCAACGGUUUUGGACUGGCAGAUAUCGCCGCUAGGCCAGCGUUACGAAGAAAUGUGUCAUCAGCUAAAAAAAGAUGUUAAUAGUGCAGUAUUGUUUGCAUUGGAGCAAACAGAGACAUCGAAUAUGAUCUGUUUAGCUGACUUUUGGCUCCUACCACCCAUCACCGAGCCUAUAUUCAAGGCAGUGCUGCAUCAAGCCAACCUGCGAGUAAUUAAUUUAAAAAAUAAUUUCAUACAAAACGACGGUUGCCGUCAGUUGGCCAAGUCCUUGCCCACACUGAGGCAGCUGAAAACGUUAAAUUUACAAGGCAACCUUAUAUCUUCGGAAGGGGUAGAUAUACUACUCUCAAUACCAAGUGGACUUGAGGAGCUCGAAGAGCUGAACUUGAGUCAAAAUCCAUUGGGCAACGACUGUUUAAGAAUUUUGGACAGGUUUUGUAGCAGCACUGCGGCUAAGUCUCUGCAACAACUGUCACUAUCGAAUUGUAAUUUAACGAAUUUGUAUGAUUUUGACUUGGCUUUCUUUCAAUUAAGUGCGAUUGAUUUGAGCUAUAAUAAGCUUACGAAUGAUUCCUUGCGUAAACUUCUAACCAAAUUAAAUGCAUCUCGCCUAAAAGAGCUUAAUUUGAGCUAUAUGCAGGAAUACACAUCUAUAGACGAACGAAAUGUGGCCAUGAAUGCUGAAACCAUCACGUCCUUCUUUGAAAGCGGCACGUGCGAGAAGUUUCGGCGCAUUAAACUUUGUGGUUGCCAUCUUAGCGAUAUGAAUUUAUAUAAAAUAUCCGAGAAUCUUCUAAAGGCUUGUGACUUAGAUCUACUUGACGUGAGUGAUAAUAACAAAUUAAGUGGCGCCACUUUUCUAACUAUAUUAUCGAAGAUUUCACACUUGCGAAAGCUUUGCGCUCUGAAUUGCGUGCACUUUGUUGAUGAGGAACGCUUGGAGAAAGUGCAGCAAUUGAAGCAAAUGCCAAGUUUUUUAUCCCUUACUUUAGGCGAUACAUGCAAUGAAUAUGAGCCGCGGCUGCGCAGUUUAUGGCAAUCACAUUGGGGCGAUAAAGCGAAAAUGAAAACAUUUUCCGGGUGCUUGAUAUUGUAUAUAAAUGAACAGGAUUUGCUUCAGCAUUGGUGAUAGAUAUACGGUUGAUUUUACGAACCCUUCUGAAGAUUAAACAUUUUCACAUGUUUCCCUAUGAUAACAAUCAGGAUAUUUUGAUUAACGUAAGAGUUUUAUGAUUGUAAUGAAGAAAACUUUGAUAGUUAUUAAUUGUCAUAAGUAUAUAUUAAGGAUCAAAUUUGUACAUAUACUUAUAUAAAGUACAACAAAACUGUGCCAAUUACAAAUAAAUUAAAUUUUUGUUAUUAAAAAAAUAGCAUAUUGGAAUCAACCGUGCAUAGGUCGGGUGCACCUAGUCGGAAUGGUCUCGGAUUUCCAAAAAAGAAUAUCAACUAUGAGUCUUGAUUGCCUCGCAUUAGCAAGAAGAAGGUACCCAGGCCGAUUGCAUUUAGCAGUGCUGCUCUAAUUUCUCUCAGCACAAAAGGGAUUUAGAGCGUCAAAUCAACCUCCAGACACAUACUGCUGAUUAAUAAUAUUAGUUUCAUUGAAGACAAGUUCAUAAUGGUCCAACAGAUUUGAUAGACUACUGCACAAUUCAAAGCCAGAAUGUCCGUUCUCAACUCAUCGAACUCAAUGCCCUAUAACCUGUGGUAACCGCAAGUAGAUAACUACAAAAACCGUACCUUAUUUAUAUGAUUGGCACUGUAUAUAAAACAAUUUAAGCUUUUGAGACAUAGUAUGUACGUAUGUCUCUUUGGCAUUGCUAUCAGUAAACAUACAAAACUGGUAUUUCAGCGAUAACAAAUGUUUCACUAAGCAGAGACAUACAUAUGUAACUAGCCACCCCAAGGCGGACAACAAUCUCGUUCUCGUAAUUG